GAACACUAUUUUUAUCAUUUAUAUAUAUAUAUUAACAUUCAAUAAAACGGUGGCAAGAUUAACAGUCAUAAAAUAACAAAAAUUAACAUUUUGAACAUAUAUAUAUAUAUACUAUACUAAAGGCAUAAUUACUAUAUACAUAUCCCAAUCAUGCUACUUUAACAUCCAUGAAUCACUUUAGAUGACACUUGAGCAGUGAUAAUCUUUACUGUUCAAGUGUCAUCUGAAGUGAUUCAAAGAUGUUUUGAAACAGUAUAGAAUUUCCCUCUGCACUGAGAUGCACCCCAUCCCUACACAAGUGUUUCAAUUUAUUGUUUUUGUGGUGGAUAGACAUUAUGUCAUUUUCAGAGCCAAAUCCAGCCAUCACUCCAUUUAUCCACCUGCAGGUCCUCUCCAGUCCAUAGCCAGAUCGGGCUACCUGACCCCUCCACUCCCAAGGGGGACAAUGUCAGAGAGGGGGAUCAGUGUCCCGGGAAGAUGCCAUUGGACCUUUAGUACAUCCUCCUUCAUGGUUUGAAGCAGACAGACUCUGGUGUGCCCCCCCCAGACCAAUGUUAUUUCCUCCCAGGUGUAUUAUCAAAAUGUCUGGGGGAGCAACACCAGAGGCACUCUUGGACUGAAUCACUGGGAGGAGGUGGUCCCAUCUCCUGCCUCCUCUGCCAUCCCACUCUGCCAUCCCACUGUCCUGCACAGUGGCUGUGCAGGACAGUGUGAAAUAUAAGUCCAGGCCCUGGGCUUCUAUAUACUGCUGUAGCCUGGCAAUUAUGGAGCACAAUCGACUUGAUAUCCAUGUUAAAGAGAAUCUGUCCAACAAAAAACAAAAACAAACCUGGAUUGAUCUACAAACGCAGUUUCAUUAUAUGUUAAUCACAUUAAACACAGAGGUAGGCUAGUAGCUACAGUUAUUCUCACACCAUGAAACCAUAUGAGUCAAUAAUGAGCCUCAACCUUAAAGAGUAACUUCACAAUACUUUCAAAUCAUUGUCAUGCAGGAAAAGAUCAUAAAUGUGGUGGCACUGCUUUAACAUUGAAAAGGUUCAAACGGAUAGAGACAGACUCUUCACACACAGACAUUACACAUUAAGUACACAGAUUUACAUUUUUACCACAAUUUACACUGUCAUAUAAGUGCACAUCAUUAUUUGUGACUGUAGUUUCAAGAAUCAUCGUCAUCUAGAACCAGCAACAGAAGUAAUGUCUGUCAUUUAUUACAGAGCAGUUUGAAGCAGAGUUCUUACUUUAUGCAGCAGUUGGCAGAGAAGACAGAUCAAAGCUGCAGUCACUAUUUAUGUCAAAUUUAAACUCAAACAACAAACAGUCGACCAAUAACUGCUCAUGUUUACUCACAGCUGGGCCUGAUUGGCUGAAACGACCCCUUUACCCUUGAACAAGAGGGGAGAGAGAGACAGGCAGAGAAGGAGGGAGAGCAGGGCAGCUGUGCCCUUGACCAUCCCACUUACAGGGAGUCAGGCAGCAAGGCUAUGGACCAGGGACGGACUGGGACUAAAAAACUGCCCUGGACUUUGACUAGGCCCGGCCCAAAGCAUUCGGCGCGCAGAAACUCAACAACAACGCCUGGGGAAAAGGGGAGCAACACAAAAUAACCAGAUGCCCUAAGAUAUUGAAUGCUUUCCAUUGGACAACAGCUGGAAUACAACUAUUUCACUGCCGACAUCAUGACAACCAAGAGCGAUCCACUGAAGUGGCUGCAUCCAUCAAUCAAGGCAAUAUCGGUUUUGUUUAUUAUUUUCAUGCCAGUUCUGUGCAGCACCAUCGAGGUCAACUGCUCUCAGUCAAACCAACCUGCACUACUGGAGGCUCUGACUCCGGUCUUUAACCUAAGUGCCAUACGGCCUGUUCAGAACGACUCAGUUCCCACCAACAUCAGCUUAUCCUUUACUCUGUAUGGGAUAUUAGGAGUGGAUGAAAAGGCUCAACUCUUGAUCACUUACAUUUGGCUAAAUUAUUGGUGGAUGAACGAGUUUGUCAGCUGGGAUCCAGUCCAGUGUGGGAGUGACAGGAUUUCUCUUCCCAGGGAAAAAUUCUGGGUUCCAGAUAUUGUUAUCAAUGAAUUUAUGGAAGAAAACAAAGCUCCACCUGUCCCAUAUCUGUACCUGUAUAAUGACGGUAGGGUACACGAUGCUCUGCCUGUCAAAGUUGUCAGCUCCUGCAACCUCGAUAUCUAUACCUUCCCCUUCGACAUACAAAACUGUACUCUGACUUUCAACUCUUAUCUCCACUAUGUAUGGGACAUAAAGAUUUUCCUUCGGAGGUCUGCAGAUGAAAUCACAGAGGCCUCCAAGACAGUGAUGACCACGAUGGGGGAGUGGGAGCUAUUGGAUAUCAACUCCAUUAAGCGCAGCUUUUUAUACGAUGAGCUUAUAUUUCAUAUCAGAGUGAGGCGUCGUGCAACUUUGUAUGUAGUGAACCUGCUAAUCCCCAGCUGCUUCCUCAUCACAGUGGAUCUCUUCAGCUUCCUGCUUCCCCCACAGAGUGUUGACCGAUCCUCUUUCAAGAUGACGCUUAUCCUGGGUUACACAGUCUUCCUGCUCAUCAUGAAUGACUUGCUGCCUGUCACUGGGAACACCAUACCCCUCAUAAAUGUGUUCUUCUCUCUUUGCCUGGCUUUGAUGGUGGCCAGUCUACUGGAAACUAUCUUCAUCACCAACCUGUUGUGUGGGUCUGCUGAAUUCUCUCCUGUCCCUAGCUGGAUCCAAGUCCUCGUUCUACAAAUUUUAGGCUAUCUUCUUUGUCUUUCACAAGGCAUUAAGGAGCCAAGCAAUUCAGGUACAACUACAACCAACGAGGGACAUCCAGAAAUAUCUGGGUCAACAGAGGAGGAUAUGGUCGUGCAUGAGCUGAGGAUCUUGGGAAAGGAUCUCCAGGCCAUCCGUUUUCAGGUGGAGAAACAGCAGCAGACUGGAAGCCACAGUUCACAGGGCUGGAUCCAGGUGGGUUUCAUCAUAGACCGCCUGCUCUUUGGCCUCUACAUUCUCUUCAUAUCAGUCAGCUUCAUUACCAUCCUCAUUAUUUGGCAAUGGAGAAAUGAAUUUGUUGAGUGGGAUCAAGAUGAGUGUGGCUCAUGGCAGAUUACAGUGCCAAGAAAAUAUCUCUGGGUACCAGAUGUGGUCAUCAAUGAAUUCAUGGAGAAAAACUCUGCUCCAUUUGUCCCUUACACCUAUCUGUUUUCUGAUGGCAAAGUGAUUGAUGGACAGCCUGUCAAAGUUGUCAGCUCCUGCAGGCUAGACAUCUACAUGUUUCCAUUUGAUAUUCAGAACUGCACUUUAAGCUUCAACUCCUACUUACACCCUAUGGCCGCCAUGCACCUUGAAGUCAUGGACUCUGUAGAGAACAUAUUUAGAAACUCCAAAGAUGUGAUGACAACUAUGGGUGAAUGGGAACUAGUGGGAAUCACAAUGAAGGAAUACAAACUACUUUCUGCGGAUAAUCAACUGUAUGAAGAAAUUCGUUUCUUUAUCUCAGUGCAGCGGCGGGCGACUCUGUAUGUGGUGAACCUCCUGAUGCCGAGCUGCUUUCUCAUGAUGGUGGACCUCUUCAGCUUCAUGUUGCCUCCUAAGAGCAUUGACCGGUCCUUGUUCAAGAUGACCCUCAUCCUCGGCUACACCGUUUUCUUGCUCAUCAUGAAUGAUCUGCUGCCUAUUACUGGAAACACCAUACCUCUCAUGAAUGUGUUCCUCUCUCUCUGCCUGGCUCUGAUGGUGGCCAGUCUGCUGGAGACCAUCGUCAUUACAAAUUUCUUGUGCGGCUUUGCUCACUAUUCUCCAGUUCCUCAUUGGAUCAGAGUGUUUAUUCUUCACAUCCUGGGUCAAUUAGUAGGGCUUCCUCCAAAGCCCACAGAUUGUGAUGACACAGUGAUCCAAAAUCCUGUCACACAAGAAACGAAAGUUUCCUUUCUAGUGGCAGAAAACAACAUAACUCCAGGGUGGAAAGGUCCACUGAGGCUGCACAAGGUUCUGCAAGAGCUGAGAGGCCUGGGCAGUGAACUCCAGGCCAUCCGUCUUCAGGUAGAGAAGCAGCAGCAGACCGGAAACCGCAGUUCAGAGGAAUGGGUCCAAGUGUGUUACGUCAUAGACCGGUUGCUGUUCAUCCUUUACAUUCUCUUCAUAUCAGUCAGCUUCAUAACCAUUAUCAUCAUCUGGAUGAACUCAUACAAUACAUCCUGAUUAAGGUUUCAGUUUGUUUCUAGCAUCUAGUUUUUAUGUUGUUGUAUUUAGGGCUCUUUAAAGAUGGGAUGCUACAAUCCCUGUUAACUUUUCUCUUGCUUUGUCAAUUACAGAAGAAAUAUUUGCAUGCUUUAAGAAAGCAGCCAUAACUGAGAGAUGGUUCAGUGUCACCUUUGCCAGCCCUAACUAUAAGCUUUGUCAAAUAUGAAAGUCUUA